AUGACUUGGACCCCACUAUCCUCGCCGUCCGCAAUCAAGACGGAAGCUGAGAUUUCUCCCGUGCGCAAGAGUCGACGCAAGUUUGACUUUCCUAUUCAAAUACUACAAGAAUACUCACAUUAUCGUCAAGAUGAUGCGGCCAAACUGCUCGGUGUGGCUCCAAUCACGCUCAAGCGCAACUGCCAGCGACUUCGGUAUCGCUGGCCAUAUCGUAGCAUCAAGGCGAAACUUCGUCGUGAAGCUCUAUUUGCCCAGAAACUCGAUGUUUCAAAUACGCGAAACGUGAUGUUAUCAUCACAUUCAUCAUCAGUACCAGGGCUGCAUUUAUCAGUAAGCAAAGAAAAAAGGCGUUCCCCGACGAUAGCCAGUGAUGUGGCAACUUUGAUGCCAAGUGUACACACUCUGACGGCACAUGCUUUUCUCCCGGAUGAGUCGGUAAUCUCCAAUGUACACCCACACCUUCCCCCGCUUUCAUCGCUUCUACAUAAGCAUCGAGUACAAUCAAAAUUUCAUCAACUUUCUUGGUUAAACCAGCCUAUGAAGUAUGAAAGCGUCCAUUUUGCAACUUCGCUCCAAUCCAAAGUUUGA